AAAUAGUCUCAUAUGUGUAGAAAUUCAGCACAUAAGAAGCAUCUGUUGAUGCUGUACAAAAAUUUACCUGACAAUACACCUAAGUGUUAUAGCUACAGGACAGCCGGAAUAAAUUUAUCUCUGGAAAAAUUAACACAGACAGUACAACAUGAAUAAAAAUUUAGAUGUGAAAGUGAAAGAUCAUCGUCGACAUACUUUACACGACCAGUUGUUGUCAACAGAUAAUUUAUCAAAUGAACACAACAGUCCUCGAAACCGACAUCGAUUUCUUCCAGUUGACACUGAAUAUCAUCGAGCUGAUAUCAAUGACAGACUAGGUAUCAAAUUUAGUUCUACAAAAUUUGAUUGGUAUCAUACAGAAUCAUGGUUAGUGAUUCAAAAUACAAUUAUCAAUGUUAUCCUUUGCAAAUCUGAUCCAGAUAUAAAAGCAUCAAUGACAAAUCUAAGACAACUAACAACCUCCGGAGUUGAAAUGUCUCAUAUUAUCGCAUACUGUGAAAAAAAAUUGUUACGUAAUACCAUGCGGAUUCUUCGUAGACCAUUGGAAGAUUUGUCUGGUAAGGCAUUAAUCAGUCAACUGACACAUGUAUGGAAAUAUUACAUUAAGUACAGCUACCCUGUUAUUCUCAUGAUAUUUACAGUAGCAUCGGAGUGGCGAACAAAUAGAACAACUGAGAUAAUACGGGAUUAAAAUCAAGGAAGAUGAGAACAAAGAGAAAGAGUGACAUAGUUGAUCCUAAUCUUGGUAAGGAAACAAAAUUUAUCAAGGUAGGUGUAGUGUAAGAAUAAAUUGUUUUGUAUACACAAAGACGGUUUCAAUUUGCGUAUGGCUACCGCUUCCGUGAACAUCAUUAUACUCCCGUGGCUGUUUCUGUAUAAAACUUUGAGAUCUGUUUGAAUAUUAACGGUAUGAUCCGUUUCUACAAUAUUUCUAGCUAAAGAUGACGAAAGUUGUCUCCUGCAUGCACUUAUCAAAGUUUUACUUGAUUAUUUUUUAGAUGCAUUUAGGUACAUGUUCUCAUUUCAAGGAGUAAUAGAGCGAUUCAGUUCAGUGUGGCAGAACAUGUACUAACCGAAAUAGCUACAAAAACAGAUAGAGUCUGAGACUCUGAUAAGCACAGGUGGGAGACAAACCUCUUGAUUACUGAGUCUUAAAAUUUAUUCUUUCUUAUUCGUCACCUCUUUAACUUACCAUAUUUUUGUUUAGACUUUAAUUAUCCACCUACUUGGUCCUUAAGUAUUGCGCAGCUGUUAUUUCUCCAAGCUUUUCACCCGAUUUGAUUAUCUGAGUGUAUAUAUUUUCAUGCUGUUUUCUACGUCCUUAUCAUCAUUAUCAUCCAAACUACAACGACUUUAGUCAACACUGUCAACGUUAUCAUUAUUUUCAUUGUUAUUAUUAUCCGCAUUGUUAUUUGAAAACACUUAUCAUUAAUUAAUCUACACGGUUGGUUAACAUUUUUGUAUAUAUUUAGCUAUUCGUAAUUGAGUGAAGUUUGAGGUUUUAUUUGAGAACAAAAUUGUUUGCUCUUCAUUUCUAUCUAAACAUAUAAUAGAAACGAGUAACAUAAUUAGUAUUCAAACAGAUCUGAAAGUUUUAUACAGAAACAGUCAUGAGAGCAUAAUGAUGUUCACAGAAGCGAUAGCCAUACACAGACUGAAAUCACCUUUAUGUAUGCAAAUCAAUUUAUUCUUACACUAUACCUGACUUGAUAAAACUUGUUUUCUUACCAAGAUUAGUAUCAACUAUGUCAUUCUUCCUCUUCGUUCCCAUCUUUCUGAAUUUCUAUCCUCUAUUAUCUUAAUUGUUAUACUCGCCCUCCUUUUUUUUAGGUUUAAUAUAAAUUGACUUGAUAAAUGGAUGUGUGAUUAGAUUGUUCGAAGUGUAUUGUGCAACUACACUAUGGACUGUUCAUACAAACUUCAUAUUCUAAUUACACUAUCUAGAUUCACAAAAGAGACUCACUAUUUCACAUUUUAUUUGCGAUAAAACUAUUUCAGUGGAUGCAUAGUCGUAUUCGUAGUAAUGGGAAAGAAACAAGUAAGCUUACUGUUUGACAAAUAGAUCAAUACUAGGUCAUUAAAACGGAAUGCUCCUGGAUGAAAUAUUGAGUUAUUUCUAGCGUUAGAAA